AUGAAUGCUCAGACGCUGAUAUACAAGCAAGAACAGGCUCAUGAGGACAGCAUUUGGAGUUGUGCUUUCGGGAAAAAUGAGAAAGACCCGAGUGGUGCCGAAAUUGUAGUCACUGGAUCCAUUGACGACACAGUGAAAGUAUGGAAAUGGCAGGACAACAGCUUACAGUUGAAACACGUAUUAGAAGGUCAUCAACUUGGAGUGGUAUCUGUGGACAUCAGCACUGAUGGCUCAUUGGCAGCAUCCAGCAGUCUGGACAGUCAUGUUCGAAUCUGGGACUUGGAAAAUGGAAAGUUGGCUAAAAGUAUUGAUGCAGGACCAGUGGAUGCAUGGACAAUUGCCUUCUCACCCGAUGCCAGAUUUCUUGCCUCAGGAAGCCAUACAGGUAAAAUCAACCUCUUUGGAGUGGACUCUGGGAGGAAGGAAUCAUCGAUGGACACAAGAGGAAAAUUUACACUCAGUCUUGCUUAUAGUCCAGAUGGCAGAUUCAUAGCUUCCGGAGCAUUAGAUGGAAUUGUCAAUGUGUUUGAUAUCACUACAGGAAAACUCAUCCACACUCUUGAAGGACAUGCCAUGCCUAUCAGAGCUCUAGCCUUUUCUCCUGAUAGCCAGCUGCUCGUCACUGCAUCUGAUGACUGUCACAUCAAGGUGUACGAUGUCCAGCAUGCAAACUUGGCAGGCACUUUAUCUGGACAUGGAUCCUGGGUGCUUGGGGUGGACUUCUGCGCUGACAACACACAUUUUAUAUCUGGGUCUUCAGAUAAAAGUGUCAAGAUUUGGGAUGCUGGCAGCAGACAGUGUAUCCACACUUUCUAUGAUCACUCAGAUCAGGUUUGGGAUGUCAAGUACAAUCCAGCUGGAACCAAAAUUGUCUCCGUUUCAGACGACCGUAACAUUCAUAUCUAUGAUUGCCCUGUAUAA